GCUAUCUUUAAGUCAGUGGUCUUCCCGAAUAACAUCUCCCCGAAUGCAGCCAUAUUCGGCUGUAUAAACACUAUAAACAUUACAACAUGGGAAAGGGAUGACGAGGGGAAUCAGAGGAAAUAGAUCGAGUAGUGGAGUUUGUGAAACGUCUAAAAACGUCGCGAAUUUCAGAGUUUUGAAUUUUCGUAGUUCAUGGCGUGGCGAUUAUAGAGACAAGAAAUGGUUUAAAUUCGAAUACUAUGGGUGGAGCGCACUUAUAUACACCACAGUCCAUCUUACAACAGAUGAUGAACCAACAGAAUCUACAGCAGCAACAGAAUCUACAGCAGAUUGGACCAUGGAUGCAAACACCGCAAGUACCACCAAUAACUAUUCCCUGGAGCGUACCAGCGUUACAUCAGUCGGAAUUGGUUAGAUUUACUGGAGAGACCAGCUCUGGACCAAUACUUCAUCAGAAAAGAAAAUUAGAAGCAACAGAUGUAGAUACGCGUCAAACAAAGCAGUUUAUAACAGAAGAAAAAAUAGCUGCACAUUUUAAAGAUCUGCACAUUAGUUCUAAUUAUGAAUCCGAGAAUCCGGUGCCAUCAACUUCUACUGUUCAUACGUCAUCUUCCUGUUAUAAGCCAUUAAAUAUGGAUUUGGAUGUUGAUGCAACGAAUGCAUUGAAUAACGAACAAACAAGCGAUCUACAUCCAAGAUUGGUCCUUUCAGAGGAACUCAAGCGAAUGCAAGAGGAACCUAUUUUGCCAUCGACUCUUAUAUCUAAAUUAGAGAGGCCUUCUAUGGCUCUGGUUCUUUGGGAACCACCAAAUAGGCAUCUCCGUAUCCUACCAACGAGAGAUACUCCAACGCCAAUUCCGAAUACAUCCGACGACAAUAAUAACAACAAUAAUGUUACUAUUCCCGAUCUAAAUAACAUAUUAUCCAGUGCCAGAUCAGCAUUCGAGCCAAUGGAGUUAUGAGACUCUUUGGUUAGUACUGCAUAUUUUAUCUCCAAAUACGUUGAAAACGAAAAAGUAUAUUGUACUUUAAAUUGGAAAAAGGUUUCAAUAAUCUGCAAAAUGUAAACUAGAGUAAGAUAAGGGAUAAAAUGUGUUUUGCGGUUUCUCCUACUGUAUAAUAAUCAUUUGAGUGAUGUAUCUGAGUGAGUUUGAAACACAUCUCUAAUAUAUUAUUUUCAUUUGAUAAUGAUGGAUUUUACAUCAUUUUAAUACAUCUUAUAAUUUCGCUAUUUAAGGUUCUUGAAUAGUCACCACAGUCAUAUUGAAUUGUGACAUCAAAAAUGACAUGUUAAUUUUUGUUACGUGCCAUUUGUAAAUAAAGACUAUUUGGAUAAAACCAAAUGAUGAUAUCGCUUUAAAAUAACCGUAAAAAUGGAUAAAAACUAUGUUUAUUUCUCUUCCAGACAGUCAGUAAAUGAUCGUAAAAAGUGAUAAAAGGCACAUGAAAGCAUGGUGGAAUAAGAAAAGUAAGCUAUUGUGUAUAAUGGCGGAAAAAGAGUGAGGGACACAAAACGACAACCAAUGGCUGCGUUCAGCAGAGAAA